AUGAUGAACGGGUUGGGUUCUUCGGAUGCCUCCUUCGCCCCUGCUUCCAUGGCGGCGUCUUUCUCUGAGCUCGGAGGCGGUGGAGGUAGUCAACAAGAGCAGCUUUGGGACUCCGACUCCGCCGCCGGCCUCCAAAGCCACUUAUUCGGUCAUCAAGAUCCAACCAUGGAGGACAUGAGCACCAGCCUCCGCUUCUUCCCGCCGGCAGGGUAUCGACAUUAUUCUCCCCUGGGACUUGUCCUGAAGGGGGAGGACAACGUCGCGGCCGCCGCCGGCCAAAUUGGUCUCAAUUUGGGCCGGCGGACCUACUUCUCCUCCUCCUCCUCCUCCGGCGACGAUGCUCGCCGCUUCUUUCUGUGCCCGAAAGGAGGCGGCGGGGGCGUGUGGUCGCCCGGCCACCAGCCUUCUCGUUGCCAGUGCCAAGCCGAGGGGUGCAAGUCCGACCUGUCCGGCGCCAAGCACUACCACCGCCGCCACAAGGUCUGCGACUUCCACUCCAAGGCCACCGUCGUCGUCGCCCACGGACUGCGGCAGCGCUUCUGCCAGCAAUGCAGCAGGUUUCACGUGCUUGAAGAGUUCGACGAGGCCAAGCGGAGCUGCAGGAAGCGUUUGGCCGACCACAAUCGCCGGAGGAGGAAGCCUAAGACGAAACACGACGCAGAUUGCUCAACCUCCAUGAUUACUCCAAGAACGAGCGGAAUGGCUGGACAGGGAGAUCGCCUGCAGGAUGAAGUAGCGGUCUCACAGCGGCGGCGGCAGCAGCAGUGUUUCUCCUCUGUUGCAGAUCAAUGCAAGAGCUUCUUCCUGCACCGUCAGAACACCUGGAGCUCUGCGCCGCCCGAUGAGGUUUCCAUGUCCAUGGGAGGAGGACCCUUAAGCUAUCUCCACCUCGACCAAUCCAUGUUUGAGUUGGAUUUCAUUUGA